CUAGAAUAUACAAGUUUAGUAAUUUAUUAUAUACACUAGGUAUGAUUAUGGGUUUUAUUUCUUAUUAUUACAUUUAUUUAUUGUUUUUUUGGGGUUGGGAAUUUUUACAACAAUCAUUGUUUGAUAACACCACAAUUUUUUUUAUUAAUUUCGCAUAUUUGGGGAUUCAAUGUUUGUUUUUAACUGUUCGUAUAUAAUAUUGGAUAGUAUGACGUAACAUUGAUUUUUUUUUUAGUAUUCUGGUAAUUGCUGUUUUUUUUUGAAAAUUUGUGUUUUUCUCUCUAUUGAUUUAGGGAACGGUCCUCUUUAUCAUAAUCAUUAAAUUGUUUCU